AUGACACGCGCGCGGCUGCUUGAUGAUGUGCACGCCGAUUUGACGACACGCACGCGCGAACUUGAACACGCACGCCCGUGCUUCGCCUUCACCGUCCUCAUUCUCAUCCGACAACGCUGUAUGAGACUAUCCGACUUCGGGCUCAUCAACCAUAGUGGCACAAGAACGAUCGCCACAACAAGUAUGCCGGCUGCGACGCCAUUAUCAGGUGUGCUGGUGCUCAGUGAGCUCGUACGACGCAGUUGCUGCCGACGCGACCAUCUCGGAUUUCCACUCGUUCAAGCUGCAACAAUCCGUGUGA